UUUCAAUAUCCAAACACUGCCAUCUGUUCUUCAUCUGACAGCUAAAGCUCAAAGCUUUACCACUUUCAUGGAUACACACGUACUGCGUCUUUCCUCUUCAUUUCAAUUUAGACCCAAAAACUUCAUUUUCUCCAAACCCCAAGCAUUCGUUUCUCUCUAUAGAACCUCCCGUUUCUCCUUCAAGGUGGAGGGUAGCAGUAAAAGGAGCGGCGGCGGCGGCGGGAAGGGCGCGGCGUUUGACGAGGCGGCGUACGAGGCAGAAAGGCUCAGGCUCGACGCGGUGGCGCGAGACGCCAUGGCCGAGGCCUCCGAGAGAGAAACCCAAAACGAGAACGACCCGAAGGCGUGGAAAUGGGUGAUCCGGAAACGGAUAUGGGACUUGAUGGAGGCUCAGAAUAUUGCCCAAUUUCCCAGGCCCGUUCACCAUCGAAUACCAAACUUCGUUGGCGCCUCUCUUGCCGCCGAUAAGCUCAGUGAAUUAGAUGCGUUCAAAGCAGCCAAUUGUGUGAAGGUGAAUCCUGAUACUCCACAAAAACAAGUGAGGUUUCUCACACUUAAUGGAGGAAAAACGCUAUUAACUCCACAGCCUCGUCUUAGGACAGGGUUUUUCUCUGUACUCGAAUCUCAUAUGUUAAGUCCCGGUACUAUUAAAGAGGCUUGUACCUCUGCGGGGGUAGCUAAAUAUGGAAGGCCAAUUGGACUUGACGAGAAGAUAAGAGUGGAUUUAAUUGUUAUCGGUUCAGUUGCUGUGGACCCAAGGACAGGCGCUCGGCUUGGCAAGGGAGAGGGGUUUGCUGAGCUUGAAUAUGGCAUGCUGCGAUACAUGGGUGCAAUUGAUGACUCGACUCCUAUUGUCACAUCUGUACACGACCAACAAUUGGUAGACGAUAUUCCUGUUGAGAAGCUAUUGAUCCACGACGUGCCAGUUGACAUCAUAUGCACGCCAACACAAGUCAUCUUUACAAACACAACGAUCCCAAAGCCUCAGGGGAUUUAUUGGGAGAAGCUGUCCCCCGAGAAGCUCAGCCAGGUGCGAAUACUGAGAGAGUUGAAGAAUAGAAUUGAACGAGAGACGGGGCAAAAGCUCCCAUGCGGCCCUUCAGAUAAGCUGCCCCCAACAGCUCAACGGAGACAACGCUAAUGUGAGCAUAGCAAAAAGACGCUAGAGGAAGGGCUUGAACCUUCGACCUUGUGGUUAACAGCCACACGCUCUAACCAACUGAGCUACUCCAGCUAUUUUGCUUGUGAAUGGUUAACUCACUUUUUCAAUUUAAGCAUUAUUUGGUAAAACAAUACUUGCUAGUUUUAGAGAAGAUUGGAAAAAUGAGUUCAGAUAGUCAUCUUAUAUGUAUUUUCAAUGGGGCAAAUUUGAUUGAUUAAUGUAAUAUGUUUUUAUUGCUUAGUUUUUUUUUUUUU